AUGUCGACCACUAGUACUGUUCCCGUCGAUUCCAAGUCAGCAAAGAAACGCAAAGCCAAAGCCGAAGCUGUGGCUGCUAACGGCGGUGCGGUGACGCCGACGAUCGAAGCACCUGUUUCUACCAUGGAAACCCAUCCUACUACGAAUGGUGUCGACUCUCACGGGGAGAGCCAGUUCAUCAAAGACCUGACAAAGAAUAUCCGCAACCUGCACAAGAAGAUUGCUGCUUCUGCCAAAGCUGAUACCGUCAUCAGCGAAAACCCCAAUGUCUCCCUCGACGAACUUGUUGCACAGAAGAAGCUCAACACCGAUCAGAAAGCCCAGAUCCUGAAGAAACCUGCCCUCCAAAGCCAGGUCGCCCAACUCGAAGAACAGCUCUCCCACUUUCGCGCCUUUGCUCAAGAACUUGAAGAGAAAGCCGCCAAAGAGAAAUCCAAGCUAAUCGAAGCACAUGAGGCGGAGAUCGCGAUUGUCAAAGAGAAGGCCUUGCAAGAGAUCGGGGACAUCAAAACAAAGGCUGUUGAAGAUGGGCUACGAGUCAUCACACACUUCUUGCACACAGCAGCCUCCAAGCGUCAAUCCGAAGAAGCGGAUUCUGACGAGGGUCGUGCCUUUGAAGGUGCCUUACUACUAGUCUACCAAGGGAACGAGUCUUCGCUCUCGACAUUGCAGAGCCUAAUUCAUGGUACAGACGAUAAAGUCCCAGACGUCCACGGUGAGCCUCUCGAUUUCACUUUCGCCCAGAUCAAGGAGUCUUGCUUGCAGAGUGCCCACGGUGUAGUGCAGAGCACGGAGCCCGAAAUUGAACAGGAGGUCGAGGCAGAUGAGGCUCCAAACGCCGCAGCUGAAGUAGGAGUUGACAAUACCGUUGCAAAUGCUGGUCUUACGGAGCUUGACGAUACUACUGCCAUCCCGACAGACGACAUCGUCAAUGAGACUACCGAGCCUGAUGCAGUUCCCUCUGUCCCAGAACAGUCCACUACCGGAGAAGAAGCUGCCAACGCCGUCGCCGAGGCAUGGGACCCACAGGCCUCCAUAGUGACCGACACCAGUGCUACCAACGAAGAAUGGGUACAAGUGCGUGUUCCCACAGAGCCCGAGACAGGACUUGCAGCUACGCCCGCUGCAAUUCAGGGAUCGAACAGCUGGGCUGAGGAAGUAGGUGCUGCUGCUGCCACCACUGUGGAGGAGAAACCCGCUCCGGAGAAUGAUGGAUUCGAGCAGGUGCGCCGUGAACGUGGUCGUGGCCGGGGUGGACGCGGUGGACGCGGCGAGUUUAGAGGACGUGGUCGCGGAGGUCGAGGCGAUGGUCAUCGUGGCGGCAGUGGACGAGGGAGAGGUGAUGGACAAGGAGGGCCGAGAACAGGCCGUGGUGGGGGUGGCCCCCGAGUCGAGAACAAGAGCUAA